CUCGCUGUCAACAAAAAAAUCCAGUGAUAAAAAGAUUGUUUUGAGUUUGGGGAAUGGAUUGUGCUGUAAAAUAAAAUGAAGCAAGAUGAACUAAAUCAGUAAAAUGGCAGAAGACAAACUAUUUGUAUCUUUUGCAUGCCAAAGAUGUUCGCAAUCAUUACGUUUAGACGAAUCAUUAAAUUCAUUCAGUGAACAUACUUCUGCAGAGUUGAAUUUGCCCAUCUAUUCAAAUCCAGAAGUUGAUUUGGAAUCACAAGCAACUAGUUUUGACCACUAUGUACCUCCAUGCAGAUUAUCAGACUCUGGCAAUGGGGCAAAUGGAUUCAUGUUAAUAUCUGAUGAAAAUGAAGUAGAUCUACUCAGUCAUCAGUUUAAGGUUCAGGCUACAUUGUUUGAUACUCUUUCUGGCCAUUCUUAUAUUGAUCAUCCCCUAUGUGAUGAAUGUACUGAUAAUCUUAUAGAAAUUUUGGACCAACAGCUAAAAAUCACACAAGAAGAUUAUGAUGAUUAUAGCACAUAUUAUAAAAUGUUGCAAAGUGAUAAAGAUGAACCAAGAUUAUCCGAUUUAGAGAAAGAAUUGAAUGAUUUGAAAGCAGAAGAAGUGAGAUUAUUGGAUGAGUUGAAUGCACUAGAAAAAGAAGAAGAGGAAACACAAAUGGCUAUCGAAGAUCAAGAAGUUGUUGCUAAGAAAAUAUCAAAAGAAGAAGAUCGAUAUUGGAAAGAGUAUACUAGACAUAAAAAAGACUUUUUGAUUCUCGAGGAAGAGGUCAGGAGCCUAGAAUGCCAGAUGAAUUAUGUUACAGUUCAAUUGGAUAAACUUCAAAGAACUAAUGUUUUCAAUGCUACAUUUCACAUAUGGCAUAAAGGCCAUUUUGGAACGAUUAACAAUUUUCGCUUGGGUCGUUUACCUUCAGCUCCAGUGGAUUGGUCAGAGAUAAAUGCAGCUUGGGGCCAGACAGCUUUGCUACUUUCUUCUUUGGCCAGAAAGAUUAAUCUUACAUUUGAAAGAUUUAGAUUGGUACCAUUUGGUAACCAUUCACACAUAGUGUCUCUCGAAGAAGAUAAAGAACUUCCCUUAUAUGGUUCAGGUGGGUUUAAAUUUCUGUGGGACACCAAAUUUGAUAGUGGAAUGGUAGCUUUUCUUGACUGUCUUCAGCAAUUCCAGGAAAAGGUUGAAACGUUGGAAAAAGGCAACAAAGUCUUUUGUUUCCCAUACCGAACCAAUAAAGGAAAAAUUGAAGACAAAGAUGCUAGUUACUCCAUAAAAAUUCAGUUGAAUUCCGAGGAACAGUGGACCAAAGCCUUGAAAUUCAUGCUGACAAAUCUAAAAUGGGGUUUGGCAUGGGUCUCUUCUCAGUUCAACAGCGAUGGAGAAGAGAUUCAAUCUGACAAUUAGAGUUAAUUUAGUGUAUUUAAAUUUUACUGAAUGUUAUAUAUUUAGGAAUGAAUU